ACUCCAUGUAGAAUCUUGCGCAAAGCUUCUCAACCCUCUGUCUCUUAAUUUCCUAAAUUAGUCUCCUUAAAUUCGUCAUCACAGUUUCGACAGAGGGUUGGAGGGCGGGGGGGUCUUGUGCAGGUAUGUUAUAGCCUGGGUGGUAUAUAUUUGUUUGAACUGCAGAGACAAUUCUGCAGUCUUAUAAAUGAUUAUAUAAAGACUCCUGACUAAAGACAUUACAAUCUUUAUUUUCCUAGAAACUCUAAGGUUUCUAUUCCCAGUGGUGUGCCGAGCUCCACAGCAGGUCUAAGGUGGAAAAAGAGAGGGAAACAUACGUAUAGGACAAGUCCAGUCUGGUCCACAGGUCCUCCCCUCCUGUUGGAGCACAACCCCACCCUAUACCUCAAAUUCCUCUACAAAUACCCCAUCUUGUCACACAGUCUCUUGUACAUCACAAAACAACAUCUUCAAAACAACGCUCAGGAAGAAAGGACAACUUCACUCAAUCUUUACAUUUUUUCUUAUCAAGUUCCGAGGACACAGAAUAAAAGAAUGGGACACGUCGGAGUUCAGAUUGUGUCCGUGUCCCUCGGGGUCGUCGGCAUGAUUGGGGUCAUCAUCUGCUGCACUGUCCCGCGCUGGAAAGUGUCCUCCUUCACGGGAUCUAACAUCGUGACUGCAGUGAGCUCUCAGGACGGUCUGUGGACGAGCUGUGUGGUGCAGAGCACCGGCCAGCAGCAGUGUAAGAACUACGACUCCCUGCUGGUGUUGGCCUCCGACCUGCAGGCCGCCCGCGCCAUGACCAUCAUCAGCUGCAUGUUAUGCUGCCUCAGCCUCCUGAUGCUGUUCUGCGGGGCCGACUUCACCACCUGCAUAGAGAACGAAGACAUCAAGCCCAAGAUCAGCCUGUUGGCCGGCGUGGGCCUGCUGGUGGCCGGCCUCCUGGCCAUCAUACCCGUCAGCUGGUCCGCCCACAACAUUGUGCAAGACUUCAACAACCCCCUGGUGCCUAGUAACAUGAAGAGGGAGCUGGGAGCGUGCAUCUUUCUGGGCUGGGCCGCCGGCGUGCUGCUCAUUCUGGCUGGAGGUCUGCUCUGCUGCUUCAGCAGGCCCAAAUCUGGCAGCUCCGGUGGAACCGCCAAGUACAACAGCAACGGCACCCACUCCGCCCCCAAUAAAAACUAUGUGUAGGGGCUUUAUGCAGGGGACCACUCGGG